UGAGGGGGAACCUAGCAUGCAGCCUUCGGAAGAGAUGAGGGGAGGAGGGAAACAAGACGGGAAGGAGGGGAGCUUUGGGAAGAAGGAAGGCCACUGCACAGUGGAGAGUAGCUGAAAGGACUGUUGGAAGCAGCCAGUGGCUCGUCUAGUACCAGCACUGUCACUGAAUCCAUUUCUCAGCCUUGCUUCAGUUCGCAUACGGUGGUAUCUCACUAAUUCAACAUGCAGUUGUAUAAACAACAAUGAUGCAGUGAAAGUUCGCCGUCCAAUCAAGUAAUCGAGAUGUAAUAGAAAGCCGCUCCAGUGGACACAUACGUCUAAACAUACAUACGGGAAAAGCACAGAUCUUCAAGCGAUUCACAGUCUCUCAUCUGAGUAUGACUCACCAUCACCUGUACCGGGAAUACUCUCCAUCUCGAUCGCGGAAGCUGCGUUCACGAGGAACCCUGUCAAACUCUCUCCUGGGACCUCUGGGACUGAAGUCUCUCGGUCUCCCCCCUGCUCUCCGUCAGCACGAUGACAAGAACACCAUCAUCAACACCAACCUGAACUCGGACGUCGAUCGGGUCGCCCUCGAUCGCUGAACGAUGCUCCUGAGCCGCGAUCAUGAUCGGGAUUGGAGGUCAAGGAAGCUUCUUACGUCUCUCCGAUGACAUCGCCAUGGAUUCAACGAUGUCGCCGACAGAAGGUAAGCUCUCAGGGAUCAUGAACUG